CGAGGCCACUCAUCUCCGGUCGGUCGAGCGCACCGGGGGAAGGAAAGAAUUCCAGGCUUUUUAUUGGGUUGGGUAUAUCCCCACCUUCCUCGUUCAGUGAUGCUAUCCAUCUCAACUACAGCUGGCACUGAGUAUACCGAACCCCCCUCCUAUUUCUUGCGCCGCGGCGCCCUCCAUCGUAGAUACUCUCCCUCCCUCGCUCUUCUCUAAAGAAGGAGAGUCCAGAGAGAUCUGGAUCUGGAACUGCUCCUUGUCCAACCGUAAGUUAUUGCAUCUUCCAGAUCUACACCAGAUCCGGCCAUGGGGGCGAGACCGGCAUUGCCUUCCGUCCUCCUAGUCCUGCUGUUCCUCCUCUUCUCCGCGUUGGAUCUCGCGUCGUCCGAUAUCCCACCCUCGCCGCUCUCCGGAGGACCUGUCCCGGCGCCGGCAUCGCCCACUACGUUGACGGCUCCCGCGAUGGGUCCGUCCGCCCCGUCGCCGGCAUCGCCUACUCCGUUGACGGCUCCAUCGAUGGGUCCGUCCGCCCCGUCGCCGGCAUCGCACACUCCGUCGCCGGCUCCCGCGAUGGGUCCGUCCGCCCCGUCGCCCGCGUUCUCUCCGGAGAACUCCGACUCGCCCCCGGCACCGCCUGUCGCCCCCGCGUCCUCACCGUCACCGACGCCGUCCCCAGCCAACGGGGUCGUCCGGAACGGGGAAAAGAGCGACGAGCAUGCCGAGGUGGGGGAGAGCUCCAGCGGGAUGAGCGGAGGAAAGAAGGCCGCGAUUGCCGUGGGGGUUUUGUCGGCGGCGGCCGUGGUGGGGCUAGGGGCGCUGGUCUACAAGAAGCGGCGGGACAACAUCCGGCGAUCCAGCUAUUCUCGUAAUGGAAGUAUUCGAGGUCUACUGCCCAGUCGUACCAAUCCAUCGUCCCUCAUCAAUCGUGAGGUAUUGUCCGCUCUGAAACGGGGCCCGAGCCUUUGAUCCGGUUAACACCACGCCCCUCAUGGUUUUGCCCCGCAAAAGGCACCUUACGUGGGAGAGGGAGGCUGGCAGUACUUAAGCAGUAGAGUCUCUUACAAUUUUUCGAUAUAGGACUUUCGGGCUCGAAGCCCCCGAUGCCCAUCCCACAACAGAGCCCCCCUGCAAGAGAGGCUACUGCGCAGGUAGGGGAUGGGUUCCCACAGACGGCGCCACUGUUCGAGGUCUACUGCCCAGUCGUACCAACCCAUCGCCCCUCACCAAUCGUGAGGUAUUGUCCGCUCUGGAACGGGGCUCGAGCCUUUGACCCGGUUAACACCCCGUCCCUCACGGUUUUGCCCCGCAAAAAGCGCCUCACGUGGGAGAGGGAGGCUGGCAGUACUUAAGCAGUAGAGUCUCUUGCAAUUUUUCGGUAUGGGACUUUCGGGCUCGAAGCCCCCGAUACCCAUCCCACAACAGGGAGAGUAUUGGGACUUCGAAUGUCCUGCGCUCCUGU